UUGGAGCCCGACGAGGAGGAAAAAAAACAGAAGGGAGAAAAAAAAACCGAGAAAAAUCUCACCUUCCUCUUCCUCCGCUAUAUCGAGCUCGAUCCCCGCAAGAAAUUCGCUCCGAAAUCUUUCGAUCUGUUCGAUCCAUUCGCCCGAUCUGUCGAUCGGCGCGCGCGAGCCCUUGGUUUCCGGGGCGGUUCCGAUCCGGUCUUCGCCGCGUCGUCGGAGGAGGGAGGGGAGGGGGAGGGGGAGGAGAUGAACGGCGCCGGCGGGAACCACCAGCAACAGCAGCAGCAGCGGCUGAGGCAGCAGCAGCAGCAGCAGGCGCUCCUGAUGCAGCAGGCGCUGCAGCAGCAGCAGUACCAGUCCGGCGUCCUCGCGGCGGCGGCGGCGGCGGCCAUGACCCAGAUGGAGCCUAUUUCAAAUGGCAAUCUCCCCCCUGGGUUUGAUCCAUCCACUUGUCGCAGUGUGUAUGUCGGUAAUGUGCACCCUAAUGUUACUGAGAGUCUUCUAAUCGAAGUUUUCCAGAGUUCUGGCCUUGUGGAAAGAUGCAAGCUCAUUCGGAAGGAGAAGUCUUCCUUUGGGUUUGUUGACUAUUAUGAUCGGCGGUCAGCAGCUCUUGCAAUAAUGACCCUUCAUGGUCGUCACAUAUGUGGCCAAGCAAUCAAGGUGAAUUGGGCGUAUGCAAGUACGCAGAGGGAGGAUACAUCUGGGCAUUUCCAUAUUUUUGUUGGCGAUUUAAGUUCUGAAGUGAAUGAUGCAACUCUUUAUGCCUGUUUCUCAGCAUAUCCUUCUUGUUCUGAUGCUCGAGUCAUGUGGGAUAACAAAACUGGACGCUCCAGAGGUUAUGGUUUUGUCUCCUUCCGUAAUCAACAGGAAGCUGAGACAGCUAUAACUGAAAUGACUGGCAAAUGGCUUGGAAGCAGACAAAUAAGGUGUAACUGGGCAACAAAGAACAAUUCAGAAGAGAAACAAGAAACUGACAAUCAUAAUGCGGUUGUACUAACAAACGGCAGUGCCAGUAAUCCAGGAAUGGAGGCAAGCCAGGACACUGGAAGUAAAGAAAAUCCAGAGAACAAUCCUGAUUGUACUACGGUGUAUGUUGGCAACCUUGGGCAUGAGGUUAACCGAGAUGAGCUUCACCGCCACUUCUAUAAUUUAGGCGUUGGGGCUAUCGAGGAAGUUCGUGUUCAACAGGAUAAAGGAUUUGGCUUUGUGAGAUACAGUAACCAUGGCGAAGCAGCAUUAGCUAUUCAGAUGGCCAAUGGAUUGGUAGUGCGCGGAAAGCCGAUCAAGUGCUCAUGGGGCAACAAACCUACCCCACCUGGUACAUCUUCUAAGCCACUGCCGCCACCGCUUCCUUCGUAUCAACCGGUACCAAUGGCAGGCGUGCCGCAAGGCUUCACGGCAGCUGAGCUCGUGGCAUAUCAGAGGCAACUUGCCUUGAGCCAGGCUGCAGCUGGGCAGAUUGCUGGUCAGCAUGGCCUUGCUGGGCAGGUAUCUGCAGGGCUUCUUGCUGCUGGCUCCCAGGCUCUCUACGACGGCUACCCGAACCAGUCAUCGGCGCAACAGCUCAUGUACUACAACUAGGGUUAAAAGGAGGGGAGGCAUUUGUAGUGUUUGGCUUGUUUGCUGCAGGCCUGGCCUUCCUCUUUUCCGUUCUCCUAUUUUCUGGUUUCUGUACCAUUUGAGUGAGUGCUCUUCCGGGUUCGCUGCUUGUCGCGGAAUUGUGUUAUCAUCUUCUUAUUAUUGUUGUACUAUUGACCAUUUUCUUUUCUAUUUUGGUCCAAGUAGUUCGCCUUAACAGAGUAACAGAUGUAUUUGAUGGAAUGUGAAUUUGCGAUUGAUCAAUGUAAAACUCUCCUGAUGCCCAUCUGAGGAUUCACCUUGGGCAAAGAGGGCUAGUCUUAUCAUGUAGCCCAA